AUGGAGAGCGUACCCGCUAAGCCGGCCGCUGUGCAGCCAUCGACACUCGGCUCAUCACGCGACUGCGUAACACCAGAGGUCUCGCUGCCUUCACUAAUUUUGCUCUUUCCGCCGUGUUGCGCACAGGCAGCGCGACGCCUGUUGCAUGACCACGCGUACUUUGCAGCUGGGUCGGUGCGCGGGGCUCGUGCACAGCCGACGCUAACAUCAUCGCUGUCGUCCCCCGCGCCGUCGCAGCCGCCUAAGUUGUGGCUGACAUGCACCACCGCAGCCGUUGCGGGCACCUGCGGUGUUAUCGUCGGUGUGCACCUGAGCCCUUGGCUGAGCCGACGUCCAGCUCACUUGUACACUCAGCGCGAGGCCAAGCGCCGCAAUUCGCUGCGGCUGCUGCCUUCUCCCGCAGCAGCCGCAUGGCCGGGGUCGUGGUGGUGGCGGAGGCUCUGGUGCACCUCAGCACAUCGAUCCGUGAGCAAGACGCGCCGGCUUGACUACGGACAUGCCGCAGAGUGGUUGGCUGCCUGCACAGGCCGCCGCUGGCUCCCACAGCGCAUCUCACGGCCCACGCUGCUGAAGCUCUACUCCCCUGCGUGCCACUCGCGGCUGAGCAGUGCCGAUCGCGACACUGCCAAAGAAGUUCAGUGGGGCACGCGUAUGAUAAACAAAGGCACGCGCCCUCUCGCAAAGUGCCCCGCCGUCGCAGCAGCAGCCAAAGGCUCCACCGCCUCCCUUGCCGCCUCGGCACUCUUCUCGAUCGCGCAUCUCACACGAGCACCCCUGCAUCGGUGGCAACCGCUGCCGCAGCACUUGGUAGACGUCUUCGUCUCCGCUACUUGUCAGAACACCGAGAACCAGGGUUCCGCAACUUUGGCGGCUGCGUCGCCGCUUCUGUGUCUACCACGCCAGCGGUUUACACUGUUAUACGAUCCCGUCGCUCGUCUUCCUGUGUGGUGCGGGUACUAUCUCACCCGCGACACGGUCGACCGUGCACGGCGACAGAGCCGCUGCAGCACCUUCUUCACGGACCGUUCACUGGACAAGACAGCGCGACGGGUACCGGCGGAGCUAAAGGCACGCGGACACGAUCGCGGUCAUCUCGCCCCGCAUGCGUCUGUCGCCGCGAGUCCGCAGGCGGCCAUCGAGGCGGCUCUGCUGUCGAAUGUGCUGCUGCAACACCGCCAGAUCAACCGAGGUGUGUGGCGCUGGCUGGAAGCGGCGACGAGGGCGUACGUGCGACAGCUGCCGCUUGCCGAUGUGCCGCACGCCGUGGCAACUCAGCAGCAGCGCGUGAGAAAGGAAAGUUCGACUGGCGCUGUGGGUGCAGGGGCUGCACCCCCUUCAGAAGCCGCAAACUCCACGCAGGGAGGUCCAACGCCUGUACCUCCGCGCCACGGUGUUGGAUUUAAGGGACGCCGUGGGCGUCCGCCGAAGUCGGCGUCACCGCCGUUUCUUUCACCAGCUCGCUACAGCUCUACUUGUCGUCAUGCACCGAAGAGGAGCAGUCGCAGCGGCUCACACCAAGGCUUACCGCGGGACAGUGAGCUCAUCGCCCGCCUGCUCGCCGCGCCAGGCGUCGGAAGCGGGACUGGCUCGCACUUGAGACUCCAAGGAGAUGGUGUUCGGGGAGGCGUGACACGAACGCUUCGACGUUGCCGCGAAUGGUGGCGGCGGUGGUGGUCGCACGGCAGCGGUGGAGCCUUUUGUCGCCACCGUGAGCGCAAGGUCGCUGUCAAUGUAGGGCCACUUUACUACCGGCAGUCGAAUGAUGGAGGGCAGGGCAACGGGCGGGGCAGUGGCAUGGCGACAGUGAGGACGCCCGCCAUCGCUGCAGCAUCAUCUGGUGCCGCCGCACUCCCUUUUUUGUGCUGGUCCAGGUCGAGGAAGGCCCGUCAAGGGCGGAGGCGUGGAAGCCCAGCCUCGCCUCCGACAUGGUCCUCGCCGCCGCCGCCGUCACUCUUCAUCCCUGACGCCUUCUUCUUCUCGCUGUGGAACGUGCACACUCAUGAGCAUGUGCACCUGAUUGUACCGAACCGCCCCGACGCAGCUUCGAUACGAGCGGUCACUGCGGCCGUGGCGGCCAGGCGUUCGACAGCAGCGGGAGCAGCGGCGUCGAAGUCGUUCCCAUCGCGGCGACGACGACGACACCGCUCGACGCACCCGUCGAGAUGGCCAUCAGACAGUUUGGAGACGGCGCUACGAUCCCUCGUAGUGUCUACAGUAGAGCUGGAACAACUUUUCGCCGAGUCGUUGGUAGAGCUGCGCUCACGAUGCAUGUCGGUCGGCGUGACGGAGGCGACCAGCCGCGACAGCAUGAGCAGCAUCGAUCGCGCCGCUUCGUCGAUAGCGCUGCGGACGCACUUUAGCCUCUUCCCAGUCUAUCGACAGCGAUGGAUGUGGCGGCACUGCGGCAGUGGUGACGGCAGUCGCUGA